UAAGAAAAACAAAUUGAUAAAAUGCACAAACACUUAAAUUCUGAAUUAUUGUGAUGGGUAUUAAAUGGUAAACAAUUUGCACUAUAUUAGUUGAUGAUUAUAGAAUGUCAUCUAUAAAAUCAAAUGUGCUUUAAAAACGUUCACUUAAUACAUAGAGCAGUAUCGUUGAGAAAAGAGAUAUGGAUUUUAUUCCAACGGAACAUCAACAUAGACGAUUGAACCCUUUGACAGGACAGUGGGUACUUGUGUGUCCCCACCGAAUGUUAAGGCCCUGGUCAGGACAACAAGAGUCGCCUCAAAAAAAUGAUUUGUUGGAAUUCGACCCAACUAAUCCGCUCUGUCCGGGUGUUACAAGACCUAAUGGUGUCGUAAAUCCUGCUUAUGAAGGAACUUUUGUGUUCACUAAUGAUUUUCCGGCAUUACUGGAAGAUAUACCGUCACCACCAGAGAGUGAUAAUCCUCUUUUUCAAUCCGCUGCUGCUAGAGGUACUUGCAGGGUAAUGUGUUUCCAUCCUAAAUCUAAUCUUACUCUUCCUCUAAUGACGCUUUCAUCAAUUGAAAAUGUCAUUAAUGAAUGGAUUAAUCAAUACAAUGAAUUGAGUCAGAAAUAUACAUGGGUGCAGAUAUUUGAAAACAAAGGGUCUGCUAUGGGUUGUUCGAAUCCACAUCCGCACUGUCAAAUAUGGGCUUGCUCAUUUUUGCCUUCCGAUCCAGCUAUUAAAAAUGAAAAUUUGCAGAAGUACUAUAGACAGUAUAAGAGACCAUUGUUGGAUGAUUAUGUUGUCAGAGAAAUAGAUCGAAAAGAUAGAAUUGUAAUUCUAAAUCCAGAUUGGAUCGUUGUUGUUCCCUAUUGGGCUGCAUGGCCUUUUGAAACAAUGAUUAUAUCGCGUAAUAAUAAUAAACGCAUUAAUGAUCUUACCGAACAGCAGCAAAAAAAUCUGGCCAAAGUUAUGAAACAGUUAACAACUAAAUACGAUAAUUUAUUCAAGUGUUCAUUUCCCUAUUCGAUGGGUUUUCAUGGUGCACCCUCUGGUGAUAUGUCUACAGACGAUGAUAGCCAUUGGACUUUGCAUGCCAUUUAUUAUCCACCUCUGUUACGAUCUGCAACUGUAAGAAAAUUUAUGGUGGGUUUUGAAUUACUGUGUCAAUCUCAAAGAGAUUUAACAGCAGAACAAGCAGCACAUCGUUUAAGAGAACUAGAUGGCGAUAAUCACUAUUUGAACAACUAAUUAUAUAUAAAAAUUCUCGUUUUUUUAAUAAAAAAUUGCAUUGAAAAAAUAA